GCGCAGGCGGACGGGGCUCGGCCCCCCAAGCCCGAGAGCGCCUGGAGGCCGCCCCGGCGGGAAGGUUCGGCCGCCGCGGUGGAGGAGGAGGACGAAGACGAGGACGUGGUGGUGGAGGUGGAGGAAGAGGAGGAGGAGGAGGAAGGCGGCUUGGGGAGCCCACCACCGGCGCUGAGCGCCCACGGCAAGGGCCCCCUCCGGGCGAGCCUCAAGGCAACCAGCAUCAAGCGUGAAAUGACCUUCCCUGCAUUUCAACAGGAGGAUGUAAAAACUGACAUCAGUCAAAAACUGCCAGACCAACAGUUUCUCCUGUUCACCACGAAGGAGGAAGAUCUAAAAACAGCAGAGACCAAAAAAGCAAGCAGAGUUCAUGAAUAUGAAAAGGAAAACACUCGUUCUGUUUGUCUUCUGGAACAGAAGCGCAAGGUUGUUUCUUCAAACAUUGAUGUGCCUCCAGCAAGAAAAUCUCCAGAAGAAUUGGACAUGGAUAAAGUGACAGCAGCCAUGGUACUGACCAGUUUAUCCACCAGCCCUUUGGUUCGCAGCCCUCCCAUCCGGCCCAACGAAUCCCUAAACGGAUCUUGGAAAGAAGGAGGAUUUGUGCCUUCUAGUACCAGCAGCAGUGGAUACUGGAGCUGGAAUGCUCCCAGUGACCAGUCCAACCCAUCUACCCCAUCUCCACCUCUGUCAGCUGACAGCUUUAAAGCUUUUCGAACACCUUCCCAGCCAGAUGAUGGCAUUGAUGAAGCUGAAACAAGCAACCUUCUCUUUGAUGAACCCAUCCCUAGGAAGAGGAAGAACUCAAUGAAGGUGAUGUUCAAAUGCCUGUGGAAAAACUGUGGAAAGGUACUGAGCACAGCUGCAGGGAUUCAGAAACACAUACGGACCAUCCACCUCGGACGCGUAGGAGAAUCUGACUACAGUGACGGAGAGGAGGAUUUUUACUACACAGAAAUCAGGCUCAACACGGACUCAGUAGCUGAUGGCCUAAGCAGCCUUUCGCCAGUCUCUCCAUCUUUAGCAUCUCCUCCUUCCUUUCCCACCCAAGACGCAAUCCGUCCUGAAACUUCCUGUGCCAAAACUGAGACUAAAUUGAUGACACCUCUGAGCCGCUCAGCUCCUACCAACCUCUACCUCGUACACACGGACCAUGCUUACCAGGCCACUCCUCCAGUGAACAUUCCAGGGUCAACUAAAUUCACUCCCAAUGGCAGUAGCUUUAGCAUCUCUUGGCAGUCGCCUCCAGUUACCUUCACCGGCAUCCCAGUCUCACCAACUCACAAUCGUCCUGCCGGGAGUGGAGAGCAGAAGCAGUCCCACACAGUUCUUUCAUCACCACCCAGAGUAGCGUUUGGAUUGAGGAAGCCGAGAGGGGAGGGGAAGAAGUGUCGGAAGGUCUAUGGGAUGGAGAACAGAGAUAUGUGGUGCACUGCCUGCCGGUGGAAGAAGGCCUGCCAAAGGUUCAUCGACUGAAGAGCAAAGUUAUGCAGAGGAUUUAGGGAUGGGGAAGGACAACGACAGGACCAGAUUGCUACACCUGCACUGUAUCACUUCCCGUUUCCCUCCAGUGAUGUGGUGUUGGGAUUUUUGUUUUAUUAUUUUUUGAUUUGUCGGUUGUUUUGGUUUUUUUUAACAAAGAGAGCUUUGUAUCUCCAAGUGAAGCACUUGUAGCCAAGGAGAAGCACUAAUUAAAACCUGUGUGGAGCAAUAGAGCAAAAAAAAGUAAAAAUAAAAAGCAAAACCAAGAACACACAACAAAAUUCUGUCUUACGAAGUAUUGACACCGGAGCAGCUAUCAGUGUUUUUCUGUGUUGGUUUUUUUAAAAAAAAAAAAAAGGAAAAGUGAAUUCCUUGCUAACUCUCUGAACUAUUUGCUCCUUUGGGUUAUUUUUAACCAUUGCAGUCUCUUUGCUGCCAACAUCUGUAUUUGCUGAACUGGACAUUUUUUCUUUUCCUGAAACGAAGAUCUCUUUUUGAAAGCUUUCUAAUAAACACUUCAGAGUCAUAUAAGCUACAGUUUACUCAACAAAAGCUGUAACUAAGACUGGAGACUGCUAAAUAAUUCUCCUGAUACGAAUGAUCACGAUGAUAUUAUAUUUUUGGAAAGGGGCUGUGGGAAGGAGUUGGGAUUUUUGUUUGUUUCUUUCUAGGAGAAAAGAAAAGGCGGAAUUUUCCUGAAGGACAAACUGCUCCUGGAAGGCUUUUAAACCAUACACAGACCAGCAGAGUGGAAAGAGUAACUCAUGUACCAAACUGGAUUUCGAGCCUUUGGAGGAAGAGAAGCAGCAAUGGACAGUCACCAGCAGAUCCAUCACUGCCAAAGUGGAGGGAAGAAAUGCAAUGACGGUUGAUGGAAAUCCGUAAGAAUAUAAUGGGGGUCCGCUGGCUUUUCUUACUGCUCUUCCUGUUCAUAGGGAGGAGCAACAGCUGGACCAGCACACGCGGUGCUGCGGUAGGCCUGUAAAGAGCUGGGAGAUGCACUAGGAUUCCAUGUAGUACCUGUUCAGGGACACGAUCCAGUCCAGCAGUUCUGCUCUUGCUUCCUUUUCUCGUAUUCGAGAGAUGGUUAAGAUCAUGGUUUGCUCAGCUUUGGUUUUUUUUUCUACAUAUUAAAGUUGCUAAAAUUUAUUUUGCGCCAAAAAAAAAAAAAAAAAAAGAAAAAAAAAAAGGUAAAGAAAAUACCACAAAGUCAUCUCAGAAAAAGAAGUACAACAGCUAAGGAGCAACAUAUGUAUGGUAAAGGUUCAUUUCUUAGCUCGUUUUGAUAAACGAAGUGAUGGGUUUCUAUACUUGCAGAUGUUGGAAAGAUUGGAUACUUCCAUGUCUCUGUCCAUUAGGAAGUACACCUGAGUGUGGGAAGCUGUGUUCUGUCUCAACUUACGUGGAAUUGCCAUUAACUGACCAUUAUUUCAAUGCAGAAAUAAAAUAAGGAUUUACUAUGAUAUGAAUGUAUACCAGUAAAUGACACUUGUCUGUUAAACAAAGCAAGACACCUUAAGGGGGAAAAAAGAAAAGCAAAACUUUGCUUCUUAUGGAGGCGUAGAGGCCCAACAUUUCUGGUUUUCUUUUCUUCAGACCAUUUGAAAUUAGACCAGAUUUUUUUGUUGUUAAUUAUUUAAUCUGCCUUCUCCUCUCUGAGAUAAGGGACUCUUAAUUAUCCUGACAGCUUUCUAAAAUCUGGUCCAGAGUUCACUUGAUAGCUUUAUUGAGCAUGCACUGCUGCUUAUGCUUGUGUGAAAGCACAGAACAACAUUGCGGGCAUUGAGAACGUGCACUAGGAAUUCAGCAAAGCAGUACUGAGAGGUGAAGGAUAUAAUAGAAGCUACUGGAGGAUGUCAUCUGGGUUCUUUUUAAACAAGUUAAUUGGGCAAUCAGAUGCAUAAUUUGAGCGUGCUAUUUCUGCAGUUGUUUACAAAUUGUGUAAUUUACAUGCACAAGCAGCAAGAUAUGCUUGCAUGCACGCAAUUUCUUGCUUAUUUGCCUAUUGUGUUCUGUAAGUCAUUUAAGAAAACAACAGGAGGUAGGCUCAAAAACAUAGGUUGAAAUAAAUACACGUAUGUAUGUGUGUAUCUAUGUAUGUGCACACAUACAUGUAUGUAUACGUAAAAUCUGGAAUCAGAAGGGAGGAGAAAGAUUGGGUAUCCAUAGCCACUGUUUCAACAUUGUUUUUUUCCCAGCAAAAUGUGGGUUUUCUCUGCAUGUUGUGUUGUUUUGGUUUUCUUAGUAAAACACCUCUGGGAAUUCAUAGCUCCAAAUUUCAUCUUUGAACACUUUGUGCAUUUCUGUAGUAAGGCUUACUAGACCUGGGUCUUUCAGAGAUGCUUCUGCUAAUUUGCCCCUGUUUUUACAAGCACUGCUAAACUGAUUAUAAGGCAUCUCAUAAUUCAUUUGGCUAUCGUAAGACCUUCAGUAUUUGCUUAUAUAUUUGUUCUUCCCCUCCUUUUGUGUUUUGCCUGUUUGCUUUGGAGAAUUUUGUAAAGAUAAUGUAUUAGAAUGUAUGUUAUUUUCUUAACGUCAUGGCAUCAUGAGAACCUUUCCUGAGGGCACUUUAUGAAUUAUUGUAGUAAGAUUAUUCUUUAUAGAUUUCUGCACAGAAGAUGGGUGGUGUUGUCAGCACAGAUCGCUCUCUGGUACACAUUUCAUACAGAUUACGUAUAGGCACAAGAGCUGCGAGUCAUCAGGUGUGACAGAGAAGUUUUGUUAAGCUGAGACUCGGAAAUGCUUCAGCCACCACAGAUUCUGCCAGGACAGAGUUAAACAAUCCGUAUUUUCACACCAUUGGCAAUCAGCAGAGUUUUUAUUGAAUGAGUUUGGUAUCUUUAGGCUGUGGCAUUUCUGGUGCUGCAUCUCGCUUGUGGCCUAGGGUGGCACAGCCCUUGUGCUGCCUGAGGCCAUCCCCCAGUGCUUCAGAUCUCAAGUUCAGAUUGUUGCCUGUCCUGGCAUUACCAGGCACCAUGCUUUGCGUCCAAGUUCUGCACAGUUCCUUUUAGAAAGAGUAAAAUCCUUUGUUCCCCAGGGAGGAACUGGUUUGAAAGGCAGCUCAAACCUUGGCUCAUUUCUCAUCAUUGGUACCCACCAUUUUCUGUAAUUUCUGUGUUUGUAGUUUUAUAGGCCUUCAUCUCUGACCUUCCAGAGAAGUCGGGAGGAGUGGCCAGAGUUUAUCAUGCGGUGUUUGUGUGCUGUGGGUGCUUGGGUGUGUGUGUACUUAUGGCAAGAGCUGGGACCUCUCCCUGAGGUGUAAGGAUGGAAGGAUCUGUGUUAGCAGUGUAGCUAAAUACUGCUGUUGGUGCUGCUUGGAGAAACUGCCCAUGUCAGUGUCCCAGUGGCUAUCAGCAGCAUAGCUCCCACAUCUUUUCUUCAGCUCUCUUGCUUGAACAAAGCUACAUCCCGUGUCAUAGAAUCAUAGAAUGGCCUGGGUUGAAAAGGACCACAAUGAUCAUCCAGUUUCAAUGCCCUGCUGUGUGCAAGGUCGCCAACCAGCAGACCAGGCUGCCCAGAGCCACAUCCAGCCUGGCCUUGAAUGCCUCCAGGGAUGGGGCAUCCACAACCUCCUUGGGCAACCUGUUCCAGUGUGUCACCACCCUCUGUGUGAAAAACUUCCUCCUAAUAUCUAACCUAAACCUCCCCUCUCUCAGUUUAAAACCAUUCUGCCUUGUCCUGUCACUAUCCACCCUCGUAAACAGCCGUUCUCCCUAUUUAUACGCUCCCUUCAAAUAUUGGAAGGCCACAAUGAGGUCUGCCUGGAGCCUUUUUUUCUCCAAGCUGAACAAGCCCAGUUCCCUCAGUCUUUCUUCACAGGAGAGAUAAAUGAUCCCAUUUAUUCCAUCCCUAAACAACAACAAAAAAAUCUGGAAAAAGAGGUAUUCUAAGAAAUGCAGUUUGAAAAUGUGAUUGUGUUCCACCUGCUUCUCUAUGAAACAGCAGCUACUGGACGUUACAAACUCCAGUCAUCAUCUUCAUAACAUUUGUUUCCAUCCUGAUGUGCCUGAUUCUCUAGUGCCUUGCACAAGUGUAAGGGGUUACACAAGAUGCAAAGUGAGCAAAAACUCUUCCACAAAGCAACGUGCAGCUUUGCACUUGCCUGUGAUCAAUAGCGGUCAAGGCAUGAGCUGGACCUACAGGGCCUGUGUGAUUCAGCAGGGCAGAAGGCCAGUCCCUCGAGUUGCUUUGCCUGCGUCAGUAGCCUGCUGUGAUCAUUAGCUGUCUGACAAUGCAUGGAUUCCUCACACCAUUCUGUCACCUGCAUCACUCUCUUCAUUCCUUCUCCCCUUCAGUAGGAAAACAGACAGACAGACAGCAGAAGGCAAAGCUUUCCCAGAAAGUUCUUAGAGGACGUGCAUUUAAGAGUGGAUUCCAGCUCUGUCUUGUCUCAGACGUGGAUUUCCUUGCCCCAGAACACUGGUUUUCAUUUAUCCCCACCCGCAGGACAGGCUGUGGUUUCUUGUCAGUGCUAUGGGCUGGAAGCAGCUGGAGCCACCCAGCCCAGGAUGCAGGGCAGUCAGUCAUGGCUGUUAGCGUGGCAAUGCAAUGUGAUUCCUUCCAUCUUUCCUCUGUAAAUUUGUUGAAAAAUCACCUCAGAACACGCACAUGAAAUGCAAAGAUUGCUGGCCGUAUGUAGAGAUCCAGCAGGUUGCUAGAGAGGCUUGUUCCUGCUCAAAUUGAAGUCUUCUGUAGGGGUGUGCUCUCCUUUUCUUAAAAGCAUUUGAAUCGGGAUAUGUUUGUGAAGUCUCACCUUUAUCUUCUGUUUCCACAUUAUUGCAUCUUCCCUUAGGUGAUGGCACCGGAGUUGAGACCUGCACCAAGCAGUGGGUUCAACCUGUGCUUGACAGGGGUUAGCAGGUGGGUGGCUGGGGGCUGCUGGAAAGCAGCAAUGUGAGAUUUUGGGCUACUGUACGCACAUGACAGCUUUAUGACACCCUUAGCAAAAUAUUUGGUAGUGCAUUAGCAAAAACCCAAGAACAAGGUCUGCUUCUGAUGGCACCGAGCAACAUAAAAUCCUUGUUGGUCCUAUUCUUGUUUGUAUUAGAAGCAGGAAUUCAUUUGAAAUGUAAGGGAAUGAUCAAUUCAUUGGCAAGCCACUGUUCUGCUUUUAUAAUACAUCACUCCAAGAAUAUUUUUCCUUCAUUGUUAAUGGGAGAUACCUAAAAUGCCAUGAGAUAAAUGAAUUAAGCAGUGCCAAUACUACUGCAGCUUCUAAAUUACUUUGGACAGUACACAGUAUUACACUGUCACAGUAGGGUUUUGAGAUUAAAUCCAAAUUCUUGAUGUGCGUCUUUGUAAGACAUGGUCUCUGAUGUGCUUACGUGUUCAUUUUUAACAUCUCUGCCAAUGGGAAAGGCCAUGAUUUCUAACUUGCAUUUAAAUCCAGUCCUGUUCAAAAAUUUAUGUUUGACCUCAGAGUCUUUAUGCCGCCACGUUACACCCUAUGGCCAUUCGCAUACAGUGCGUGACGUGCAGGUAAACAGAACUUACUGAGCUGUCUGUACACAAUGCCUUGGGAGCACUAGCAAAAAAAGAGAUGGUUAACACAGAUUUCCUCAGGGACCACAGGAAGGCUGCAAAGGCAGGAUGUAGCUUUAUUUGAGUGGUAGAUGGGUGAGAAUUUGAUUAUUUCUUUUUUGUAUUCUAGGCAGAUUUAAAGAGCAAUAUGUCACUACUUGAAUCAUUAAACUUGGAAGAAAGCACUAACUGGUGAACGUGAUCUCACUUAACACUAUCGCUUAUCAAGUUCUAAAUACAAAACAGACAUUUUAGCUGUUAGAAAAAUGUAGGAAAUGAGCUUGAACCAUAAUCUAAAUAUAGUACAAACCUAUACAUUUGUAUAAAUAUUUUCAGAACAUGCUGUAAAUAUAAAGGGUUCUUGUUUAUAUGAUUGCUUGAUUGAAGCGUACUUUGUUUAUAAUUGAACUACUUCCUACCAAUUUAUUUCAACAAGCAAAAAAAAAAGAACAUGCUAACAUUAAACCCCACAGGGUUUUUGGAUUGCAAUAGGAAUGUGAGAAAAAAGAAACGUUGUAACUGUAUAUUUUAUCAUAUGCAAGCAUUUCUGAGAUAGGUAAGAGGUGUCUAUUAUUUGCCAUCAAGUGGCAGGGAACUUACCUGAGCACAUCAGGAAGAAGUGUGUGAGCUGCAUGAAAGUGUUGUGUACAGUGCCACCCACCUGAAUUGUGGUGCACACAGCACUCCUGGAGGCACAGGGCUCUGAGGACAUCAGGAAAUAAGGAAGUUCACCUAAAACACGAGGAUAUUGUGCUUUUAAGACACAAAUGAUGUUGUCCCUGUGUAAUUUUCUAGUGCUAAAGAUCAUCAGUACUUUUACUGCAAUGGAAAUUGCAGCCUUAUUAGUAAGGUGCAAUACUUACGAAGGGCUAAACUGUGGAAACAAGUGGUGAAGUGGUGUGUGGAUACAUCACUGCCAAAUGUGCACUCUUGUAAAACUAGUUUCUUUAGCACUGGGAUGUAAGUACCUCUCUAAAAUUAUCAUGUUGGUAUGAUUUUAUAACCAUUGAUUGUAAGUUAUGAAACAGAAUGUGGGAUUUCAGAAGAACCAAAAGGAAGAGGGGAAGCUGUAAAUUACAUAGAAUAGUGGUAUGUUGUCUUAUGUGGCAGAAGUAGCUGUGACACCUUUACAAAGCUGUACACAUUUUGGAUUACUGAAAAAAAAAAUAAUACCCUUGGUUACAAAAAUAGUUCAACCUGAAUGCAGUUUGGAAAUUGCAUUGAUGUCAAGAAAAUACCUUCUUCUGAGUAAAUUUUGCUUCAUUUCUUGCCUAUUAUUAUCAGGCUUUGUUUGUUCACAAUCAGUGCUCUGAUUGUGAAGAUAUUCCCCAACUAGCAAUACAUGGCUUGAAAUCGUGUUCAUUUGAAAGUACCUUUUGAAAUGGAGAGAUUUCUUCCUUUACUACCCCGUAUAAUAAUGAUUUGUGCUGUCUUGAGUAGAGAGUCCAUCAAGCAAAUAGAUUUGUACAAAAAGAUUAUUUUGUAGUUCUGUUAUGGAAAGAAUGGGAAUGACCAAAUGGAAGGGCUGCUCACCUCGUUCCUGGAGAAUAUCUGCUCUCCAUCCGCACUGUGAGGUCCACAGAAUACAGGGUGCCCAGUGUGGUGCAUCCUGGGCUUUCGCUGUACACUAAAGACAUACUGCUGUUUUUCCAUUGCUUACUGCUUUUGUCAUCUUCUCAGAAUCCAUCAUCUUUUAGUGAAAGAUUGGAACAAUUCCAUCUGCUGAACAGGAGGGGUUUGUUCUUUUCUUCUGACUUCCUCCAGUAAGGGGCCAGAGGACAAGCUGAGAUAGAGACAUCAGCAACAGACUUGAGCCUGGAGGGAAGACAUGAAACAAAAUUGCUCAGAGAAAGAAAGUAGAAGGAAUCUUGUGUGUUGGCUGUUUCUACAUAUGACUGAUGCCUGUGGCUCCAGAAUAAGGUGGCACAGAGGAAACCUUGUAGCACAAUCCUCAUUCAGAUGCUGAAGCACUUUUUCCUCCCUCGUCAUGCAAACAGUUCAGCAGGAAUUACUUCUAAUUAGUCUGAGGAGGAGAGGAAGAGCAGAAGGUGUUGUUGUAAGGAGGGCACCUUGUGAAGCCUGCAUGAACCCUGCCUGCAGCCAGGGUCCCGCACUGCAUCUCUCAUCCUGCAUGAGUCCAAAGCAGCCAGUUACAGAUGUCUCUUUUGAUUUCAUUUACAAGUCUGGUAAGACAUCUUGUUGCACAAUAAGAGCAAAAUGCACUGUAAGGAACUGAGCUUGAUGCAUUCCAUUUUUUUCUCAGGAGAGCUCCAUUAGCCCUGUGGAUAACUUCAGUGACCAGGACUGCUCCUGUGGGUGGCAGCUGUAGAGAAGAGGCAGUGGAUUUUCCUCCAUGCGAUUGUUCCCACUGGCACUGGGACUUACAGACCUGUGUGUCUCCCCUUCUGAGUGCUGGAAAUGAGAAAUGUGCAAUCAGGCUUUGUGAGAGGGGUAGAUGUGUACCUAGAGAUGUGCUCACUGCUGCUAGGCCUUGGUGGCCUUUCCAGUGAUACCAGAGUGACUGUAGGUUGGAUGUGUCAUUUCGGCGUGGAUUUAAGAGCUGCUUAGCACGUGGUGUUCAGUGUGCCAUGCAUCCCACUGCUGCCAGUGGGAAGGAGGUUUCUCAGAGCAGGAUCCAAGAUGGCUGCCAGCCCAUCAUGGCCAGUCGCGUAACCUGGGCCACCCGAUGGGAAGUCACCCCGUGCUCUGUAGAGAAAUUAAUGUUCUUCUUUCCAGAGAGUGAAAUGGGACUGCUCUGGUUUUGCCUAGCACUGCCAUUUCAAAGCGGGUUCGAUGGGCUCCUGCCCUUGUCCCCGGACUCUUCUUUCUGCUGGGGCCUGGGGAGAUCUAGCCCAGGUUGUGCUGGCUUGGACCCCUCCUGAAAGCACAGCCCUGUAUACAGUGCCUAACGCUGCAUCAGAGUGUUGCUUCUUGGGUUGGUAGCUCUGCAUCCCACGUGGCAGGCACAGUAACGGGGCCCUAGCCCCUCCUGCCUCAGCUGUGGGCUCAGUAGGGGCCUGGACACCAAACCCCUACAGCUGCACUGGCACCCGCUCACUCAGAUCUCCUGCAGUACUAUUAGAAUAGCAUUGAUUUUGAUAUGAAAAUGAUUUUGUAGGGAAAGUAACAGGAGUUAUAUUAAUAAUCCUAUAUCCCGUGAGCCAUAAUGUUAAGCGUGGCAUGAUUUUGCUAAGCAGAUGCUGGAGGACUAAUGGGACAUGAAGAGCAACCUGUGGGGACCUCAGUCCUGCCCUGACCACAGGUACACCCUGGAGCCAAGCUGAUGUUAUUUGGGUUAAAUGGGGAAGUGCUGUCUUUCUCUCUGUAGAUCUCUGGGCCACAGAGAAGCAGGAUACAUUUCUUGUCCUGGUAGUGGAACUUUCCUAAAUAGAAAGACCCAUCUCUUCUUGCAGAUUUUUGGUCUCUGGAGUACAGUGUCAGUGGGACGGUGGUGGGGAGUGCUGGGGCCUGGUGGGGAAGGGUUCAUAAUGUACUUGGAGAAGGAGAAAAUCAAUUGCACUAUGAUUAUUUACACUGUGUGAAAAAAAGCAAUUAUACUUCCUAGUCAUCUGCUGUUUAUAUUUUAUAUUUUAGAAGUAUUUCUAGCUAUAAGUCUGUAGAAAAGCAAGAGCCCAGUUACCCGGUGUUAAUGAAUACAGAACUUCUCAUACAUGCUGCUUGCAUAAGACAACAGUAUCCAUGCAUCCUUCUGUCUCUUUUUAGUCAUGAAAGGGAAGUACCUGCCUGCAUAUACUGGUUUUCCUUUGAGUCCUAUCAAGUAUUGUUUUAGAGAGUAUAAAGUAAAUUGAAGUUCCUUUUCUGCUUUAUUUUUAGAAUCAGAGCAUCUUCUCUUACAGUGUAAAUUUACUUUUGUGGAGCUCUAAUGUGCUCUGCAUUGCACUUUAUAUAUUUGUCACUUGUUGGGCCAUUUAUUUUUGAUAUACAAAACAAUAAAAUUUUUGUUACUCUAGUUUUACCUAGAAAAUAACCAUGAAACUAAGAUGUUUGUAUAAAAAUGCAAGUUCCAUAAAAUGUAGCAAAUGAACUAUUUAGAUUGGAAAUGUUUUUAAUGAUAGUGCUGAGAAAUAUUAUAGCCUCUGAAAUGAUUUACUAUUUAGGAAAUUCAAUAUAUUUAUGGAUAACAUGAGUAUCCACUGGAGUAUCAGUCAAUGGAGUAUGAAUAAACAGGAGACAAAGCUGAAGCCGUUGGAUUUGCUCCUAUAAAAGACUUGUAUUAGUUCAACUGAUAUGAGCCUGAGAUGGCCUUUGGCUCUGCAGGGCUGCACUCAUGCCAGUAUGACUGACUACCAUGAGAAGCCAAGAUGCUGUUUCUGCUUGUUUUUUUUCUGGCUUUAUCCCCUCCAGCCUGGGGAACCAGCGUCCUAAAGACAAUCUUCUUGUUCCUAAGUGCACUAAUGAAGAACUCGUCUUCCCCAGAAUUUUGUUGUCAAGCAUGGGACGCUAACACUGUCCACAUGUAGGUUAAUAUGAGUGCCAGUUUCACUGCUUUAAAUGGAAACCAAUUUCUCUGCCACUGCACAGAAUCUCUUGAAAUUUUGUGGAGUAUACUGAAAGAAAAAGACAUUUGCACUUUGUCCAAACUGCGUUUGCUCCAAAUCACAGCUGGUACUGUGUGUGCCUGCGACAGCCAUCCUGCAGAGCCGAACCGUGAAGGGGACGAGGGCUGCGAUGCCCCCUCCUUCACGUGGUGAAGCAUUCUCCCUAGCUGUACGCACAGGUUCUCUGUGGAGAGAUGGAUAUCCCCGUGAAAGCUCCUUGUCAGCCAUGCAGCAGAGUCCCUGUCCCCCUUCAGAGCCUUCAGACGCUCUGCUUUCUCAUUUCUGCACCCAUAGGUGCCAGCAGAAGUGAAUGGCUCAACCUCACAGUGUGAAGACAGUCCCAGCUUGAGUUGCGAAUGCAUCACCUUGCCGUUGUUUCACACAGCCUCACCUUCACCUACAAAAGAUAAGCAGGGCCAAGGGACUCUGACGGAUGGUGGUUCUUCAGGCAGCGCACACAGCUCUGCUGCCCAGCUGCUUUCUGCAUUCUUGGAUGUGUUUGAAGGAAAGUUGAAAAGAGAGGAGACUUUUGCAAGUAGCUGAUACUGGCAAUCUCAUUUGAUCCUGCCAAUCUGAGGCAGUGGUACAGAUGUAGGUUCUUCCACUGCUGGCUGCUUGUACAUGGCUAAACAUCAGCCAGCACACACUGUUUCUUAAGCUGAAACCCCUCUCAGAACAGGAAAAUGCCACCAUGAAGACCUUUGUUAUCUCCCUCCCUGUCUUCUUGUUGCACUGGCAGCAGGAGAAAAGUGCAGAAAUCAUAGGAACCUGGCCAUAACUCAUCCAAAUGCCUUUGCACUGCCACAGGCAUUAGAUGAAAAACUCGGAGCAUCCAAAAUUUCUCUAGGAAUUUUACUGUUACUUUCUUGGGGAAAAAAAGGAUUUAAAGUCUUUGGGUCCACAUCUGAGUUGAUUUUGCAUGCUGAAUCAAGAGCACUUCCAACAACCUUCAGAUACAUAGGCAGUUAUCCGUAGUACAAGUGAUGCUACUCGAACGUUUUGAUUAUUUUUCUUAAAACAUUUGUGAAAUUAGCAAUGUGCAUAUUAGUAUCUUUAAAUCUAUGAAGAAAAUAACAUUAAAUAUUUUUUAAAAGCAUGUGCUUUCACUUGAAAUGUGAAAGAAAACUACUGAAAGUAUGUAGUUUGCUAAGCACUGGCUCCUGAGUUUGUUAAUGCACUAAACUUGCAUUCGACAGAGUAACUUCUUCUAAGUAAUAAUUUCUUCUCUAAUUAUUUGAAUAAUUCAGGAGAUGAACAGUUUGUUUCUGGUCACUGGGUUUUAGAAAGAAGAAAUCUCGUCCUGCUGCACUUUUAAAAUUCAGUAUUUGUAUGGAAAAAAAAAUCUUGUUGCUUUUCCAUUUCCAACUGAAUGAUCAGCUCAAAUAAGGAUCUGAAUCAUCUCGUAACUUUUUUCUAAAGUAAAAACUGAGAACAUGAAAAACCGUGAACGCGAGGAAUGGUGCACAAAGUCAUGAACUAUGUUCAGAAUUCUGAUUGGUGAAAGUCUUUGUUAAAAUUAUGUUGUGUUGCACAUCACCCUGAUACAGUGAGAAAACAAUUUUUCUUCUGAAAGAAAGAAGGAAGAGGGAAAAGGACAAAUGGAAAACAAGAUUAAAUGACAUCAGUUAAACCCAGGUUUCCUGCUUGUUUUUAGGUCAAUCCCUCCCAUUCUGUCACUGCUAUGGGAUGCUCAGGACAACAGACAUUCCUCAUGGGAAGCAGCUCGGCUCCAAAGUGGGAAAUCAAAGCUGUGAGCAAAUUUGUAGAGUUUUCAAAAUAUUAGCUAUUGCCAAAAAAAGCAUCAAAGCACUACUUGCUACUGAACGGGAAUUUCGGUGUUUCAAAGGAAUCACUUUUUAAUCCAGAUCAUUGCUGUAUUUACAAACAGAUUUCUGUCGGUCUACUUGCUUGUCUCUUAGGGCUAUGUAUGUCCACACCUCAGAGCAGGACACAACUAAUACUCAGAUGGCCACAACUGAACUGGAAUCUCUCGCACUUCCCAGUUACGUUACACAUUUUUGAAGAAAGAGCAAUCUUUGACUGAAAAACUACUGAAAACCAUCUCAAAAUAAGGCAACGAGAAAAAGAAACAGCUUCAUUUGGGAAACACCACUGAGUUCCCAUCAAUCCACAAGAUGCGUGCUUAGUUGCCCUCCUGUAGCUUUGUCAGAUCGCAUUUCUGUUGAAGGCAGGCGGUGAUUAAACUACAUAGCAAAGAGACUUCCUUUGAUCUAUGUAAAUGAAUGUAUAUGUAUCAACUAUGCAUUUUCAUCCAGCUGCAAACUGUAUCUCUAAGCAGUUAAAUCUAGCCUUUUUCUCAAUGUUAGCAACUCCCAAACUCUAGGAAAAGAAGGUGCUCCUCAUCUUUUUUAGCAUAUAAUUCUCUCCUGUCUUGCUUCUGUGCUUUACAAAGGCAAGAUGUGUGAGGGGAGAGCUGUGAGGCCCAAGGAGCACCGAGCAGGGCCAUGGCUGAAGCUGGAACCUGUGACCGAGACCAGGCUGGGCCCAGCAUGGUUGAGCAGAGGGCUGUGGCUGCUGCUCCAGCUCCAGCACGUCUUCCACAGUCGGGCAGCGGAGCGGGAUCAGCAGCUGCUGCCUCACACAGGGUCAGUGGGAGUCUGCAGCAGUGCUGGAAGAAGCUAUGCCUAAGAGGAGGCCACUGCAGACUGGGUUUACAGCCCUCGCUGUCCCCCUGUGAGAGCUUUUCUGGCCACCACAGCCCCAGGUCUGUCCUUACCUCUCCAUGUCACACAGCACCCAGGAGCCUCCUCUGACUGCAGGUGUAUGGCAGCGCUUGCAGUAGGCAGUUCUUCACUGUGAGCACUGCUGUGGCUUCAGGAGAGGAAGGGUCAGGCCCCGGUCUGAGCGUAUCCCUGCUAGAAGGAAUUAGGAGAAGUUGAAAACGGAGUCUUGUUCCUAAUAAAAUGAAGGAAAAAGGUGCUGCAUGCAAUGUUAUUACUUCCAUUUCAGGUUGUUGCUGUAAUAUUCAUCAGCCCGGUCUGGUCAGUGAAUUAAGUGUGUUUCUUAUGGCUUAUCUUGCAGGAAGAAAGACCAAAAAAAAAAAAAUAAUAAAAAUAAAAAAUAAAAUAAAAUCCUUCUCUCAUAUGCAACCUAUUCAAGUAUUUGAUACUAGUAUGGCAGCAGUGGUAUUUUUAUCUAUCCAGAGAUGUGCAUUCAUUUGGGUUAUGCUCGAUUGAGAAAUAUUUUUGCAGUACGUAUUUGUAUUUGAUGGGCUGCAGCCCUUCAUUUUAUAUUCUCUACAAGAAUUAGCACGGAAAUGAUGCUUCCCCAUUUAUUGAGCUACCUGACCAUCCCGGCUGUCUGCAUACAAAGUAUUUCCAGAACUUUGGAGGAUUUGGGAUUUUGGUUUGGUUUAAACACUGUCCUUCUUUAAAAAACAAAACAAACAAAAAAAAAAUUAAAAAAAAAAAAUUAAAAAAAAAA